GGCGCGGCGUGUAUGUGUCCUCGCAAGCUGUCCCCACGGUACGUCAGCGAGUGCUAGUGAUGUGUGCUAUGUGAAUUGCCAUACGCUAGAACAACCUAUAAUCAGUGGAUGUUUAUAAAGGGUUUUGUUCAUUGUGGACAAUCAUUUUAGGGAUAUACCUCAGAAUUUCAUAAAGCUAAACUGUGCUAUUUUAUAAUAGUUACGUUGCCCUUUAACUAUUUUCGCGCAAAACUACGAUCCAAAUAUUUGUUUAAAAACAGUUUAAAUAUCUGGUUUAGUUCCACGUUCGCCUUCGUUUACUUAGUCUGUAUAUAAUUCAAUUUGGUUGUAAAUGUCCAGGGACCAGUCAAAUAUUCGAAAAUCGCGUAGAUGUGUCUGUCGGGUGUGAGUGAAACAAUAUCGUGUUAGAGUGCAGUGAAAAGUUGUGUGGCGCGUGUGUCGCGUUUGAGGUCCGUCUGGGCAUGCGGAAGGGCAGAAGGGGCGCGCGGGGCCGGGCCCGCUAGCGAGUGCCAUGCCGAGCGCGAGCGCCUUGCACCUCGCCCUGCUGGUGGGCGCACAUCUUGUCAUUAACGGUUCUUGCGACGUAGCGGGCGGGUCGGGUUCUAUAAACGCGCUCCCGGCCGGCGGAGGCAGCUCACGGCUUGCGCCCUCCUUUGAUGCCGCUACUCCGCGGAACGUCACGGCUCUCGUCGGCAAAUCAGCCUACCUCAGCUGCAGGGUGCGGAACCUUGGGAAUAGAACGGUGUCAUGGAUACGUCACCGCGACCUGCACAUCCUGACCGUGGGCGGGUACACGUACACGUCCGACCAGCGCUUCCAGGCCACGCACUCCCCUCAGACCGACGACUGGACGCUGCACAUCAAGUGGGCCCAGCAGAGAGACGCGGGAGUGUACGAGUGCCAAGUCUCCACGCAGCCGGUGCGCUCAUUCUUCGUGACCCUACAUGUUGUGGUACCGUCAGCCAGGAUCCUAGGUGGACCAGACCUGCACGUGGACAUUGGCUCCACAAUCAACCUCACCUGCCUCAUCCAGUUCAGCCCGGAGCCCCCUGCCUACAUAUUCUGGUACCAUGAGGACGAGGUGAUCUCGUACGACUCCUCCCGGGGCGGCGUCUCCGUGGUGACCGAGAAGGGCGCCGCCACCACGUCGUACCUGCUGGUGCAGGACGCGACGCCCGCGGACUCCGGCCGCUACUCCUGCUCGCCUUCCAACGCCGAGGUCGCUUCCGUCCGCGUCCACGUACUCAAUGGCGAGCGUCCGGCGGCCAUGCAGACGGGCUCGGCCGGUCUGUCUAACAGCUGGAGGUGUAUCGUGGCGCUACUGGCGGUGGCCGUACUCCGCGCCAAGCUACUGCACGCCCUGCUCGACAGCUGAUCGUGCCCUCACGCGACCUCCGAGAGACAGCUCUAGUACGACAACGCGUUCCCCGGGGACCAACUUUACUCUAGUGUACAUCGGGACACGACCUGGAGAUCACUCUACAACGAGACCUUCCGGAAAACACACGUACAUCAACUGACUGGAGUGAGGCUCGUUGAAGCUUUGUACCCAAGUGAAGAGUUAGGUCGACCCUUCGGGGAUCUUAUUGUGUUUGUGUGAGUAAAAAGACAAUAAAUAACUCUUGUUAUAUGAACGUUUUCGUCUCGUCUCAGCCGGAAACUUAGUUUCGGGUCCUAAGUUACUUAGACAUAAGGUUUUUACUAAACGAAGUGAGUAGCGUCGAGAUGCUGUGAUUGAAUCUCAUGUUGAACGCAUUACUCUUGAAGGGACACUUCACAUAGCACUUAGCGUAGCGUGUCGCUGUAUUAAAACUACACCUUUGUGUGUGUGACUAAACAUUCGAAUCAUUCUUACAACACAUCCAAUAAACCAAUAAAUAAGCCUAGACUCAUUUUAGUGUCUUCAAAAACUGACAAGUUGGUUGAAACCGACCUUACUUAAUAGCAAAUAUAAGUAAAUUGUUAACGUUAAUUGUCUUAUUUACCAAUUAACCAAUUUUCCAACAUUUAUCAAGAUUUCACUGUUUGAAGAAAAUAUACACGCAUACGUUACGCAAUAUGUGCAGUGCCGGCCCAGUGCGGUCGUGCUAACUCAGCAGUCAGCGUGUUCUGAUCCUUCGACUACUGACUACUGUACUGUAGUCACGACCAGGGCACUGGGUCCGAUAUGGGGGGAAUUCAAACUAUUGAUUUAUUUGUAAGGGGCAGAAAAAACUAUAAAAAAUUAUUUAAGCGAAAUUUCAUAAAAUUUAAAGAAAAAAUUUAUAUAAUAAUGUGAUUAAAAUAAUAUAAUUAUAUCGUAUAUGAUACCUGCGGAGCGUUCGUUGCUGUUAUAAUUAAUGACUUGUAAAUAAAUAGUCGUUUUAAAUAUUGUAAAGUUUGUUAACGUAUAGGUAAGUUAUAGUAUUCAUAUUUAAUUUAUCAUUCCUGUAAUUUAUAAUCUAUAUAGUAUAAAACUAAUGUCAAAGUUCUGUAUUUGACAUAAAUUGAAAUUGUACAAAUCAGAGUAACUCAAUAAUUUAAACAACACAGUUUCGUUUGGGUUUAAACUUUAGUAGGAUGUUCAGAGUGACUACUAUUCCUCAAUAAGAUGAGCGUCAUUUGUAUCCUGAUGGCAUAUUUAUGAAAUGUGUCAGAAAAUGUAUUUUUUACUUGUACUAAAUAAAAAUAAAUCACUAAAUGCAGACAAGCAGACGAAAGUGCCCAUGACACUUAUUUGACACAUAACGUUUGCUGCAAAAUGACAUACAAGUCAAAAAUACAUGUGUCAGGGAAUCUGACAGCUUAAUCUUACAAAAAUGUGAGAGCUUAAAUGAUCAUCUCACUAUAAUAUUUACUUUGAUUUAAUGCUUAGGACUCGCACAAUAUUAUAGCUUGUCUUAUUUAACUUUGAAUAAUUUAUAUAAGAAAGGAAAAUGUUAAUAUUAUUAUAUUAGAAUAUUUUCGUUUAAUUUUUAUCUUAAAGAAUACUUUCAUCCAACCAUAUUAUUAUCAUAGGGGUUGAAUGUACAUACGUGGCAUUACAUUAAUAAUGGAAUUUGGUUUGUAAGACAUCUACUAACUUGAUGGCAUUUUAAUAAUACGAAGUAAGUACAUUCUUGAGCCUUACUGUUUUUGUUUUUCAAUGUUCUGAGUGUACGUGUAUUCGAAGUUUCGGCAACUCUGUGCGCAGCCUCUAAUAGUAUCAGAUUGUUAUUGUUUUGAACGGUUCAUAUUAGUCGGUAACAGCGGCUUGGCUCUGCCCCUAGCAAAAAUUACUGCUUACUAAUUAUUAUCUCAUGAGAAAAACUCCAGCUUUAUCUCUUGAUCCUUCGUAGAGCUCAUUAAAGUUUUAGCUCUAGUACAUAGUACACUAUGCGCCACUAAUGCCCCUAUGCUUCAAAAAAUUUAGUGACAACAUCAACACACAUGUAUUCUCCUUAUUUCUGCCACGAAGCAAUUAUACUGGUGCGAUCUGCUAUUGAAUUCGAACCUGAUUCCACGCUAACGCGAGUAGCUAUGUUCCCAUCACUCUUUCGACAUCCUGGGGUUCACUAUAUGUUCGCCAGCGCUGCUACAAAAAAAAAAAAAGUGUGUGUGUCCGCUCCGACGCACGACUGGAGUUUACUGGAUAUAAAAAAUUAAACGAAACAAUACGAGAAAUAGUUCUAUAUUACGACAACACGAUACACUACAGAUUAUUAACAAAUUAACGAGACACAAAACAAACGACUAACAAAUAUAUGAAAAUACAAUAAUGAGAGAAACGCGCGAUCAGUACGAGGCUUUGUGGCGGACUGCCGGCGCAGCAGCCCGGCGUCACCUGCGAUAACGCAUUUCGUGUGACAUGCGCAAUCAGGCGCAUAACGCAUUUCGUGUGACAUGCUAGUACGAUUUUGGUCCCCAUAAUUUUCAUACCCCGGGCCUAUAUAUGUAAAUCGAUUCUAAAGGAGUAAACUCCAAAAAACAUAAAGGAUUACAGUGACGUACCAGGUUCUGUACCCAGUGAACCUUGAAGUACUACUCAAUUCCAUCAUGGUCGGCUUACCAUCGACCGCCGCGGGACAGAGGCCUCCUGCGAGAUUCGCCGGAAUGACCAGUCCUGUAAACUAGACCGCAACAGACAGUGGGCAGGGUACUGGGGCCAAGAAGUUAUUGAGCGACCACGCUCAGGAGGUGUAGUGGGGGCAGGACCCGCGCAAGGAGGACCAACCACCUUUUUAAUUUAACGCUUUUUUGUUUUUCAAACGUUCCCGUAAGAUUUUGGAACCGAUUGCAGACUUAAUUAAAUAUUUUUUAGACAGUUCAGUAAUAACUUUUGGGUAAUCUAACAUUGAAUUUAUUUUUGACUUAGGCACAGCCAAACAAUGUAUCAAUGUUGUGGCAUUAUACGCAGGUGAGCUUCGCAUGUAAGCUCGUCUAUGAUCGCAGGAUUGUUAUGUAAGUAAAUUAGGUAUCAUUGGAAGCGCCAGAACGCAGAUCGCAGUUAAUUUCAUUCAAAGUUCUUUUUUCAAUUGUUUUUGUAGAUUGGGUUUAUUGAUUUAACUUUUCAUAAAUCACACAUAGAUAGAUAGAUCAUACUCUCAGCUCCUUAUGAAAAAAAGUAUUGUUAUCAGAAGGUUAAAAUGUAACGGCAUAGAAGGAGCUACGUCCGCACAAUAUAAUGAAAUACAAUUGUACGAAGUUACGGGUCAACAAACUUUGAUCGCCUUGGAGUUAUAUAGAUAUAGUAAGAAAAGAUUUUCCUUCGUAAUUUUUCGUUUAAAGUUCGUAUUUAUCGUGCUCUCAGCUUCAGUACAAUGAUAUUAUUCAUUUUGACAUUUGACACUACACAAUAAAGUUCGAUUUAAUACGAUCCUUCAUUGACAGUUCGGGUGUAUUCCGACAAAGAUUCGAGUUUUCCCGAAGGAAAAUAAUUUCUCACUACAUCUAUACAUUUGUUACGUUAAAGUUUCAAUAAUUCUGUUGAUUCGACUCGUUAGUUCCCCUCGCGUUACAAUUAAUGUUAAUGAUGACUUCAAUGUAUCGGUACACGAGCGUGGACAUCAAUACACCGACUUCGUUUACUUCAACUGAUUGUUUAAUUCUGAUAGAAUAUUAAUUAGAUAAUAAGUUAGACAUAAAAACGUUAGAAUGACAGCACCGCGUUGCAUGUUGUCAAAAUGAAAAAUAACUUCGUAAUGCGAAUACUCUGAGUAUUCAACAUUACGAGUACGAUAAUGUCACGUGCUGUGACAUUAUCGAUAAAUCAAAUUAUCGUAAUAAUGUUAAAUGUCUUGUGUACGGAAACCUAUUAUUUGUAAUCAUGUAAUAUAAAGGGACUAGAUUUGCUCGUGAUCCAAGGUCAUCAUAUGUACUUCCACUACAGUUAAAUUGUGUUGCAUAUAUAUAUGUACGUAUGUAAACACAACAUGUACAUGUAAACGUCAAACAACAAUCAAAAGAACAACAACUUGCAAACAAUUUGUCGCUUUGAUCACUCGACCUAUGUACUUGCUAGUAAAUUGUAAAUAAUAAAUUCAAAACCACGUUUUGUAUAGAAUAAUGAUUGUAAAUACAAAUUAUGAAAUAAUGUUUUUCAAUAUUGUAGUAGAGUAUCGACGAAAUGAAACUAUAUGAUGCAAAGUCUAUGACGAGAUGUAUGUGAAAUAUGAAAUGUGUAUGUAUACAUGAAGUGGAUAUGUUUGUUUUCAAAUAAAAUAUUUAAUAUUAAA